GAGAGCCCCGCCGGCCCUGGCUUCCAUGGCGCCCGAGGGGAGCGCGACGACAGAGGUCUCGGACAUGGCGGCGAACACGACCUCGCCCUCUGCCGCCGCGCCCGCGGGGGACCGCGCGGUGGGGCUGCUGGCCACGGCGCUGCUGGCGACGGCGCUGGCCGUGGGGCUGCCGGGCAACGGCUUCGUGGUGUGGAGCAUCGCGCGGCGCAUGCGGCGGCCGUCGGUGACGGCGCUGCUGGUGCUGAACCUGGCGCUGGCGGACCUGGCGGUGCUGCUGACGGCGCCCUUCUUCCUGCACGCGCUGGCGCGCGGCGCGUGGCGCUUCCGCGGGGCGGGCUGCCUGGCGUGCCACUACGUGUGCGGCGUGAGCAUGUACGCCAGCGUGCUGCUCGUGGCCGCCAUGAGCCUGGACCGCUCGCUGGCCGUGGCGCGGCCCUUCGCCGCGCAGGCGCUGCGCACGCGCAAGGCCGCGCGCCCCGUGCUGGCGGCCGUGUGGCUGGCGGCGCUGCUGCUGGCGGCGCCCGCGCUGCGCUACCGCGGGGUGGCGGGGCCCCCGGGCCGCCCGGCCUGCGCGGCGCUCUACCCCGACCUGCGGCACCGCGCCUUCCACCUGCUCUUCGAGGCGCUCACGGGCUUCGCGCUGCCCUUCGCCGCCGUGCUCGCCAGCUACGCGGACGUGGGGCGCCGGCUGCGCGCGCGCCGCCUCCGCCGGGGCCGCGGCCGGCGCGCGGGCCGCCUGGUGGCGCUCAUCGUGGGCGCCUUCGCCGCCUUCUGGCUGCCCUACCACCUGGUGAACCUGGCCGAGGCCGGCCGCGCGCUGGCGGGGCUGGGCCCGGGCUCGGGGCCGGCGGGCGCGCGCCUGGCGCGGGCGCGCGGCGCGCUCAUCGCGCUCGCCUUCCUCAGCAGCAGCGUCAACCCCGUGCUCUACGCGUGCGCGGGCGGCGGCCUGCUGCGCUCGGCCGGCGUGGGCUUCGUGGCCAAGCUGCUGGAGGGCACGGGCUCCGAGCGCGGCGGCGGGGGGACCCUGCCCGCGUCCGUGCGCGCCGCGCCCGCGGGGGCCGCGCCCGCCCGCCCCCGCCUCCGCCGCCUCCGCCUCCGGGAGCCCGCCCGGGGCGUCCCCGCCGCCCUCCUGACCCGCUGCUGCGCCCCGGAAGGGCGCGGCGGGGCCGGCCUCCCCCCAGCGACGCCGGGGUUGGUGAUGGACCGCCCCGGUGGAUCGUCCCGAGGAGACCGCGCGCCUUCUCUGAAGUGGGUGGCAAGUGCCCCUCGGCCCCGCCUCACCUUCGUGCCCUCUCCAUGCUCUUGGCCCACCGCCUUCCGCCCCACCACCUGCCAGCCCGGCCUCACUGGAGACCCCGCAGCCCCCGUGACACACGCUAGUGCGGGUUGGCGGCCGCCACCCCAGGAAACAGGCAUUCUCGAGGCGGGGAAGUCCCCAGGCUCCGGCGGCUCACCCCCGUGA